GACAUUGCAUUAAGUCGGUGUUUUUUUAAUAAAAUCCUAACGAAUUUGGAAUUUAACAAAUAUAUGACAGCCCAUGAAUGAUGGCGCUUGAUAUCGAAGUUUAGGUCGAAUAACAAGGAUUCUGUUACAUUCUGUUCAUGGAUAUAUGAAAUGGCAAUCCAGUCAGUAAGUAAAUUCAUGAAGAAAAUACCGCCACUGAAGUCCUAUCUAAGGGAGACAACCGCACAUAGGGCAGGUCACUCGUGAUGGAGAGCCCUGACAUCCCGCGCCCGGGGCUGGGCACGUUCGUGGUCGCAUGCGUCUUCUCCACCCUGGGGAUGAUGACGUCACUGAGCUUCUUCAUCUUCUAUGUCUACCACCGGAACAACAGAAUCGUGAAAAUGACGUGUCCAAGUAUGAACAUCGUCACGUGCCUGGGCGCCAUGUCCCUCUGUGUCGCUUGCUUCCUGCACGGACUUGAUUUCCUGUUACAAGAUCCCGUGGACCGGCUUCAUGCGCUAUGCCAGGUUCGUGUGUGGCUUAUAGUGCACGCGGUGACCCUGGUGUUCGGGCCUGUGGCCAGUAAGGCAUGGAGGGUGUACCAGAUAUUCACGUAUGGUUUCGGAAAACGACUGGUCAUACGAGACGGACGCCUGUUCCUGGUGCUGCUAGCGCUCUUGGUGGUGGACGCGGUUUUGAUGGCGCUCUGGCAGACCAUAGAUCCGGUGAAGUUGCAGCUCACCGACAUCACUGUCACGGUUAUAUUAGAACAUAACACCAACGAUACACAGAAGCCUAAAACUACUUCCGUUCCAGAAUGCGCAUGCUCAAAAUACGCAAUAUGGAUCAGUCUGCACGUACUGUGGAAAAUGUGCAUCAUCGCUGCUUGUCUAUAUUUUGCGUGGAAAACUAAACACGUGUCUGUGCCAGGUUUGAAUGAGUCGAAAAAUAUCGUGGCAGCAAUAUUUGUCUGUCUGAUAGUGACGUCAUGCGCAGCGAUGAUGCGCCUAGGACUACAUGACGCACCGAACGCCGUCAGCAUCGUUACUGCAAUAGUUUUAGCAGCAUAUGCAGCGUUUGUGCAACUGAUCUUGUUCCUUCCAAAGGUAAACUACUGGUGGAAGACGCCCAACGACGUGUCGACGAGGAUUUCGACGUCCUCUCUGAAGGAGAUUGCGAGCGCGGUCAUACCUCAAGUCGGCGUCGGCGAUUACAACGGCAAUAUUUGCCCCGACGACGGUAUUGCAGAGAUUGUGGAAGAAAACAAGAUUCUUAGGGAGUCCAUUGCAGAGAAGGAAGGACUGAUAUCGGCGCUUCAGAGUCAUCUAGACAUCGCCAAGGUGCAUUUGUCCAAGUUGCCGACCGAGGCGGAGUUCGCGAAAAACGCUGACGACGCCAGCGACACGUCGUCGGGAACGCAUGAGAACCCGGAUGGAGACUACGACGUUCUCCGGACUCCCCGACUCGCCGAAAGGCAUGAGGUCAGAGAUAUUUGCAAGCUUAGAACGGACAAUGAUAAACUGGCGGAAACUGGUGAAGAGAUAUUCUGUCAAACUGACGUUCAACCUCCGACGCGCUCGUCAAGUAUGCUGAGCGUCAGCAGUAAGCGAAGUUUUGUCGCCGAGUUUACAGACAUCAGAACGUCUCUAAGUGCAGAAUUGGACAGUGCUCAAUGCAUACAUAAUAACUUAAAGAACUCCUUUUCGUUGAAUAUGGGAGGGACACUCAAUGAAACAGAGUGGUUAUACGAGACAAAUUCCAACACUGACAGUGUAGCGGACUCCAUAGUGCAGUCGUUCAACCUGGGUGGCAACAGAGACGUGAUGUCGUACCUAAAGUCGCAUUUGCCCCACGAAAACAGCGUCAUCAAAGUACGGCGGUCCCGCCGACCUAGCACGUCUUCGUCGGUCAUGUCUGUGCAGUCGAACGGUAGCGUAAAUAAUAAUAAGCAUCCAGAGGACAUUUUGACCGAAAUUCCGGGAAUACAACGUGACUCCGCCACACCGACAUCUCAACAGCACGCCGACAUCUUGAGAUACUAUUCGUACCGCCACAUGAACGACGGUUUUCAGCAGUUCAGGACCUUCCGAAUUAAUCAAGAAUCCAGACGACCGAGUUUCAAAUCCCACUUCAAAAAGCCCACCAAAAUUGAGCAGGAGCAGACGACUAUGACGUCACAUUUUCCUGGGUAUCACGUUGAUCGUUCGGCCAUAUAUGCCGUGUCGAACGUAAUACGUAAGCCGCCGCGAACUUUCCAGGCUAACGAACUGCAGACAGAUUCAUUUGUGUGAGUCAGUGAGUUAUCCUGUGUGAUUUAUUGUGAUAUAUAUUGUUUUAUUAUGUGUGACAUCCCAUUAUGUUGGGUGAUACCCUGUGUGAUACAGUGCUGAAUCCUAUGGGAAUCAGUGUUUUUCUUAAUUUAUUCCGUGUGACCCUGCCCGAUAUCCUGUAAAACCGCGUGUUAUAUUCUGUGUUAAAUGCAUUAUAAGAUAUGGUCUUAUAUCAAAAUGUCGUUGUAAAAACGGUGUUAUUUAACGUGUUGUCGUUAUCACGUCAAUAAGCGGAAACCAUGGCCGAUGGACGUAUUUGUAUCCAGACUAAUAUUUAACCCUUUACCACUUAGAUACCUAUUUUGACGCAUUUGUAUUCCCUAAAAAAGUUAAAUUUAAUAAAAGACCUUUCUUACUAGAUUCAAGUUUUAAAGGCUUCAUUUCCAACUCUUAGAUACUGAUGAGCAGCAAACAGCAUAAAACCUGACCAGACUGCGAGUUACUAUGAUAUUUGCACAUAGCCAUUUUCACUUUGCUUCUGAGUGGGAAAAGGGUUAAACUACGAGUCAAUUGCUUUAUUUCUACUUGACUUGUAAAUGUAUUCCGUGAAACUGAAAAAUACAAUUAUC